AUGGUCUCUCGCAAUGCAGACAAUGACCAAGUGGUUGGAUUCCUUUGUUCAACACUUACUACUGCUGAUUUGGUGACGGAAGAGUCUAUGAGCACUCAUGAACCUGAAGGAAAAACUAUCUGUUUACAUAGUGUCUGUGUUGCGCCUCAUGCUCGUAAGCAAGGUAUUGCCACAGAGCUGCUCAAGGCCUGGAUUCAACGACUGAAACAAGUAAAUGAAACUAACUCAUUCAAGAAAUACAACCGCAUCGCUAUCUUGAGUAGACCUGGUUUGGUAGCCUUUUAUGAAAACGUAGGGUUUAGGAAACUGGGUGUGAGCAAAGUUGUGCAUGGUCCUGAGCCCUGGAUAGACUGUAUUUUAGAACUUUAA